AUGGCAGGCUAUGGUGGAGCUGCAGACGGAACAGCUUAUAACCCUCAAAGUCAAAUGAAUUUGAGUUCACUCAAAAAUCAAAUAACAGAUGUCAAAAAGUCAAACAUAGACAUACAGAAACAAAUAAGUGAAAACGAAAAGAAACUAGAAUAUGACAGACACACAAAGAAACUCAAUGAGUUAAACGUAGAGAAAAAGAAGAAAGAAGAACAACUGAAAGAACUAAGUACAGAGGAAUAUGCGAAAAAAGUGUCAGAAAAAGCAGCAGAAGUAGCAAAAAUGGAACAAGAUGUUAUAAAUUUGAAAAACCAUACUACUCAAUAUAAAGUACUGAAAGAUGAAGAGAUAAAACAAAAAGCCCUGAAGACAUAUAUGGAUAGCGAUGAGUAUAAAAAAGAAGUUGAAGCAAAUGUAAAGGCAGAAAAACUUUUACAGUUGCAAAACCAAACCGUACAGUAUGAAAACUUAGCACAAGAAAGUAAAAAUAACGACGCAGCCAUGCAAAAGGCAAUGAAAAGCGCAGAAUAUAUAAAAGCUAAUAAUGACUGGUUAGAUGCCCAAGCCAACGCUAAAGCAGCCCAACUUAUAGGGUCAAUAAGGACAAAAAUACAAGCGGAUGAAGACAGUUCAAAUGAAGCUUUAAUGAAUGCUGACUUUAAGAAUGCCUUCGAAGCUCUUCAUAGUAAGGUGAAACUAGUGAACGACUUCUCAUCUGGAAAGAAACUGAAGUCUGAAGGUUUCGACAAAGAGUUAAGAGAAGUAGCACAAAAUAUGACGAAAAUAACAGAUGCAGCAACGAGACAGGCAGUUCAAAGUGCCUAUGACGCCGUUAGAGCAACUGUUGUGGAAAGUCAAGAAAAAGAGUUACAACAGACCAAAACAGACCUAGUAAAUGCUUUCUUAAGAACGAAAAGUCAGGUAGGACAUUAUGCUGCAGAUGGAACAUAU